AUGUUUUUUAAAUAUAGGAUUAAUUGGAAGGAAACGCCACUAGUAAAAAUAUUUGGUGGACAAAUUGAAGUAGCUUUCAUUUUGAUAGCUUCAAUAGGUAUCGUAGUGAUACUGAUUGCGACGACAAGCUAUGCAGAAGUUCCAUAUACCAUCAUUGGCUCUACUGAUGUAUUAAUCCAUAAAUCAUCAAGUAGAAAAAGUAGCGACGAUUUGAACAUGUUUGCUAAGGACUGUAAGACAUAUAGUUCUAUCCAAUCGACUGUUAUACAAAAAGAUCAGAUGGAAAUAACAGAUAACUUAACUGAUGAUAAACUACAAGCAAUUACUGCAAAAGAAAUAAGUAAUUGGAAUCAUCUGUAUCAGACUUAUUAUUUUACUAAAACUAUGCCAAAGGAGUUACUCAUUUUGUGGAUAGCAAGCUUCUUUAGUUGGCUAUCAUAUAAUUCAUUCGCCUAUUUCUUAACUGAUUUUGUUGGUCAAUCAAUCUAUCAUGGUAAUCCUCUAGCAGCCGAAAAUUCGACAGCUUUACAUCGUUAUGAUCGCGGUGUCUCUGCUGGAAGCUGGGGUUUCCUGGGCUGCACUGUUGUAUCCGUCGUAUAUUCCUUGACGCUUGGGCGAAUAACAAAAUAUAUCGCUUUCAAAUAUAAUAAGUUAGUUAUUUUUGCAGGUGCAGAUCGUCUGUUAUUGAUAGGAUAUUCAAUUGCUAGUAUUGCAACAUUAAUCAUGGUACUAACCAAUCAAGUUAUCGUAGUCCUCUGUAUGGCUGCUCUUCAAGGAUUUGGUUUCGCUAGUACUUUUACCUUGCCUUAUGCUAUUCUAGCUUCUUAUCAUAAUUAUUUUACGAAAACUAAAGAUAAACGAUGGAAUUUUAGAGAACUUGGAUUAGAUAUCUCUUUACUCUUUGUUAGUGCGAACUUGGCCUGUAUAAUUACAGGUUGUUGCCUUAGUGUGAUAAUUGCCUUAGUCGAGUCAUCUAAGGUAGCUAUGAUUUUCUCUAGUGUUUCUAGCGGACUAUGCGCAGUUACUUGUAUUUUCAUAAUCAGAGUGCCUAAUAAUACAUAA